UGCAUGUCUUGGGGUUCAUCUCACUGCUUGACCUUGACCCGUCAACCACCCUUUUCGACACUACGCCGCACAUAUACAGUCCUCCAUCGACGUUUAUAGAUGGCAGGUUGGACGCGAAAGGUUGUAUAAGACUUGAGCACGGCCUCGAGCGCGCAAGAUCCCGACCAUCGAAACCUGUGUGACGACUUUCUAUUCGAAUACCGACAUACUGCGAGCUGGUUCCCGCAUAUCGAUAUACCGAUCAUCCAUCAUGGAUAUUUCCAAGAACGAAUCCUAUCGCGAGUUCGAUGGGGCUUCGCUGGAGAAGUACCGUGAAUUCGACCGCGAUACCGACCGAGACGAUGCUUCUUCGAUCCGUUCCGAGGCGCUCGGUGAUGACCUCCCUCCCGGUUACUACUACUCACCUCAGUUCCUCGGGGCUAUGGCGGGGUUUUGUCUUUCAGCAAUGUCGGCAUACAUCUUCCUGAUCCUGCCAACCAACGUGCUGACAUUCAUCAACGCUGAUAUCGGUCCGAGUCCGUAUAUCUCUUGGGUCAACAUUGCCAGAACCCUCUCGCUGUCGUUCACCUAUACGAUCCUGGGCCGCUUGUCGGAUCUUUUCGGCAGACGCUGGUUCUUCAUCGGAGGCAACGUCGUCGCCAUUGUUGGUAUCAUUGUCUGUGCUGUUGCACACAAUGUCGAGACUCUCAUCGUUGGUGCCGCCAUCUACGGCCUGGGUGAGACGGUUCAGCUGAGCUUCAACGUCGCUGUCGGCGAACUGGUUCCCAACAAGUACCGCCCUAUCGUCUUGUCCCUCAUCUUCUUGACCAACGCCCCUAUCUCCGCGUUUGGUCCUUUUGUUGCCCGAAAGUUCGUCGAGAACCCCAAUCUGAGCUGGAGGUGGUGCUUCUACAUCAACAUCAUCGCCGUGGGUCUCGCAAUUGUCCUGUUGUACCUCUUCUAUCACCCACCCACCUUUGAGCUUCUCCACGACCGCAAGACCAAGCGCGAGUUGCUCAAGGAGCUUGACUACCUUGGAAUCUUCCUCUGGACUUCUGGCCUCACUCUCCUCCUCAUGGGUGUAUCGUGGGGAGGCGUCAUGUUCCCUUGGGACUCGGCAGCUACCAUUGCGAGCUUGGUUCUCGGCGUUGUUUUGCUGGUGGCACUCUUCUGCUGGGAAGCCUUUGCAGACUUGAAGUAUCCUGCUAUUCCUGUCAAGUUCUUCGCCAACCGAGGCUUCAUGGCACUUGUCUGCUGCGCAACAGUUGCUACAAUGUUUUACUAUUCCGCCGUUCUCCUGUGGCCGCAACAGGUCCAGGCCCUGUACACGACCGACAUCACCUACGGUGGUUGGCUUUCGUCUACCGUGGCGAGCGCGACGGCACUCGGUCAAGUUUGCGCUGGAGGUAUAGUAAAAUGGGGAGGCAACGUUCGCUACUGGAUCAUUUUCUCGACCUUUUGCAUGGUCGGCUUCGUCGGAGCGCUCGCAUCUCUUACCCCCGAAACGCUGAACACCGGAAUCGCCCUCACGAUCCUAGGCCCCUUCUUCGUGGGCUUCAUCGAGCUGGCGUCCCUCGCCCUGGCGCCCCUAUUCUGCAAACCCUCAGAUAUCGGCCUCGCCUCGGGUCUGUUGGCGUCCAUCCGCUCGGCUGGAGGCUCUAUUGCCGUCGCUGUCUACACGACGAUCCUGUCCAAUCGCCUGGCAACGGAGAUUCCGGCAGCUAUCCGCGGCCCAGCUGUUGCUGCGGGCUUGCCUUCAAGCCAGCUUCCGGCACUUGCCAAAGCAGUCCAGGCCGGCAAGCUGGCCGCUUUCCCUGGCUUAACCAGUGCUGUCAAGGCUGCGGUGGCAAAGGUGCUGCCGGAUGCGUACUCAAAGGCGUUUGAGACGGUUUACCUGGCGAGUCUGGGCUUCGGAGCCAUUGCUAUUGUCGGGUGCCUGUUCUCCAAGGAUGCCCAGAAGCAUCUGACGAACAAGGUGGAGAGGAGGAUGGGUGAUGGAAAGAAAACCUAG